UGAAGGACGUCGAUACAAUUUUCGCAUCAUCAUGCCACCCAAAGCAUCUGGGAAAGCCGUGAAGAAAGCAGGAAAAGCCGUGAAGAACAUCACCAAGGGUGACAAGAAGAAGAAGCACAAGAAGAGGAAGGAGAGCUAUGCUAUCUACAUUUACAAGGUAUUAAAGCAAGUCCACCCCGACACUGGUGUCUCUUCCAAGGCGAUGAGCAUCAUGAACAGCUUCGUCAACGACAUUUUCGAGCGUAUCGCCUCAGAGGCUUCUCGUCUGGCCCAUUACAACAAGAGGUCCACCAUCACCUCCCGGGAAAUUCAGACUGCCGUGAGGCUCUUAUUGCCUGGUGAAUUGGCUAAGCACGCCGUUUCUGAGGGCACCAAGGCGGUGACGAAGUACACCAGCUCCAAGUAAAUUGAUUAGUCACAAAAACAACUGGCCCUUCUCAGGGCCCCAAAAUAUUCCAAUGUAAACAACUAUUGCCAUUUAUCAUUAUAUGCUCCAUGCCUUUUUGAACAACCCCUAAAGGUAAACAAAUAAUGUUGCCCUUGUCACGGCCCUAUUUUUUUCGUUGCGCCUUAAAGACUGGGUACCCCUCCUUUCAUCCCUGAAAAAGCAAGUCAUCCAUCAAUCUGCAUAUUUUCCGA